AUGGGCGGUACUGGCUGGGUGCGUGGUGAGGCGCGAGUGGCAGACGACUCUGAUUUCCAAACCUUAAAGAACCUCCUUGCUUCUGACAUCGGCUGGAAUCUGGAGUAUGAGAGGGACGGCGUCAAAGUAUGGGCCGAAGAUGCCGCCCAUGGCGCGCUUCGGACCGUCAAGGUGGUUGCGGAUUUCGAAGACGUGGAACCGGAUGCACUUUAUGACGUGCUCCAUGACCCAGAGUACCGGUCAGUGUGGGACACGCAUAUGUUGGCGGCCGAAGACGCCGGCCACAUCAAUGUUAACAACGAUGUUGGGUACUAUGCCAUGUCUUGUCCAGCGCCGCUCAAGAACCGUGACUUCGUGCUGCAGCGCUCCUGGCUUGACACGGGUGACGAGAAGAUGAUCCUUAACCAUUCUGUGUACCACAAGGACUAUCCACCAAGAAAAGGAUUUGUUAGGGCCCUAUCGUUGCUGACCGGGUUCGUGGUUCGUUCGCGGCCAGUCGGUCCGGGUAGUUGGCUCGGCUAUGUGUCUCGGUCUGACCCGAGAGGCGCGUUACCCGCUUGGCUUGUCAACAGGGUAACAGCACAGCUCGCUCCAAGAUUAGUUCAUCAAUUACAAGCAGCUGCCCGUCGCUACCCCGGGUGGAAGGCACUAACUGAUCACCCUUACCACAAGCCCUGGAGACACCCUGAACAGGUCCCGUCAUAUAGAAUUAAACUUGAAGAUUGCAUUGACCCGGAUGCUCCGCCUCCGCCAGCUCCUCAGCAGGAACCAAAACCAAAUACAUCCAAGAAACUCUCGUUACCACAAGUACAAGUCAAGGAAGUAGAGAGCCAGAGCGUUGAAGACUUGGGAGACAUAUCAUCAGAGUUCAGCGUAGAAGUUGAAGAACUUUCCGACCUUAACAUAGACCCUACGAAGAAAAAAGGAAAAUUCUAUAGACUAGUCAAAUCAAUGAAGAAUAGACGGAAAAGCGUUCAAGUAACAAAGAGCACGGAUAAUCUAGUUGAUGGGAAACCGGAGGAAAAGCAAGAAAAGAAAAAGCCUUUUAAGUUUCAUCGUAGGUUCAGUUUAAGUAGGGGUCGGGAAGAUUGA